AUGCAAGCCCACUUCACUUCUGUCAAUCAGAAUGGAGAUCGAAGCUUGCCCAUAGUCGGACCAACUCAUCAUACUUUUUGUGCUUCAGAAGUAAAGAUUUUCAACUGCACCACUGAAAAAAGAAAUCUUAAAAUCUUUCUAAUGCGGACUUCAGGUGGGAGCGUUUUGAAUCUCGUUGAUGUUCUUCGUGAGGAAGGUUUUGUUAUUAACGACGUGGUUUGUAUCGUAGAUCGACAAGGAGGUGCUGAAACGAAAUUUUCAGCUGAAGGACUUAAUUUAUAUAGCCUUGUUAAACUCAGUGAUGUUGUGGAGUAUGCUGUUGAUCGUGGUUUUUUAAAUUCAGCAGAUUAUAAGAUAAUUAUGGAUAGAAUUCACGAAUCACUAGCUGAUAAUUGCCCAGAAAAAUCGACGAUAUGGUCUCUGAAUGAUCGCUUAACUUUAACUAAAUCCUCAUUUAACAAGCGAUUAAUUGAGAUUAUGCUUAAAAAUGUAAUGGCUCUUACUUCAGGGAAUUCAGAAUUCUUGUUCUUGCAUCUUUGUGAAAAUAUAUACUAUACUAAGAAAACAUCUGUUUGUUUGGCAAUUGACUAUACCAGAACUGAUGAAAUUGAGAGUUUAUUGGAACUUGCUGGACCAUAUAUUUGCGCAGUAAAAUUGCAUGCAGAUAUCAUUGAAAAUUUUGAUUUAAAUUUCAUGUUGCGAAUGUUAGAUAUGUCUGAAGCAAGAAACUACGUAAUAUUAGAGGAUCGGCAACUUUAUUCUCUUGGCUUGAAUUUGAUAAAAUUUGGUGACACGGGCAGAACUGUUGAAAUGCAGCUUAUGCGGGGCUAUCACAGAAUCGCUUUGUGGGCUGAUAUUGUUACUUUACAUCCUUUGCCUGGAAUUUCUCUUAUCGAAACGGUGAAGAAGGUUGGAGCAAUAUUGAAAAAAGGUUCAAGACUUGAUGGAUGUCUUUUGGUGACUGAUUUAAGCACUGUAAAUGCGCUUACCUAUGCUCGAGAUUCGAUAAAGGGUAAUAUUAUUAAACAUCGUUAUUAUUUCAGUGUCAUCUUAAAAUCUGCCCAAUCUUUGAUUAUUAAUUUAGUAUUUAAUCAUUAUUUGAUGUUUUUAGCUUUUACUAAUCUUAAUUUCUUUCUAGCUAUUCAAAAAAUGGCCAUAAGAAAUCCUGAAUAUGUUAGUGGGUUCAUUUGUCAGCGUCGUUUCAUGGAUGAUCCUGCCUUUUUAUAUUGGACUCCAGGCGUUAAUAUUGACGUAUCGAGUGAUGGAUCUGGUCAGCAGUGGCGAAGUGUUGAAGAUGCUGUUAUCAGGGAUAUGAAUGAUAUCAUUGUCGUUGGUCGUGCAGUUUGUGAAUCAAAGUACCCUAUUGAAACGCUCAUUAAAUAUCGUGACGCAGCCUGGGCAGCACUAAGCGCUCGAGAAAUGACCUAG